CGGUUCCUUCUGUAUAAAAGCUAUCACCGUCUGCUGAUAUUUCACUGCGGCGCUGAUAUCGGUGGUCUUGUAAACAUUUAAGAAUUUUCAAGUCACAACUGUGCCCUUAAAAGAUUUAUUUUACUGACUCUGCGACACGAUGAAUCCUCCCGAGUACAAAGCCUUCGCAGCAGGCGCAGCUGGUUUUGAGAGCAGCGGUUCCGACGCAAGCGCUGAGGAAAAUAAGAAUACCAGACGGAAGACUGAGACAGAUAUGCGGAUUUUCGCGGCUUACUUGAUAUCCGUGAACGAGAGCCGCGAACCGCAUACCAUCUCACCACCAGAGCUGGAUCAGCAUCUCGCCACGUAUUUCUCCAUCAUCAAGAAACACGACGGAAACGAUUACGAAGCCGCCAGUCUCCGGGGCAUGCUGUGCAGCAUUGAGCGCCAUCUGCGGGCCAACAACUACCCUGUCUCGCUCACUAGAGACGCCGAGUUCACCAACACGCGCAACAUGUUGAAGGAGAAGCAGCGGAUUCUGAGGGAACAAAUGAAGACGGAGAAAAGCGACAAACAAUUCGAUACGGUCGCUUCAAUUGCUAUGCAAAAGCUCAACCAACUGUACAAUGCGAAGGAGUUUGGACCCCAUAAUCCGUCGUCCGUAAUAAACGCUCUCUGUUUUUCGUUCGUCGUUAGCCUGAAUAUUAAAAAGGCAGUUGACCAUAAGCAACUUCUGUGGGGAGACAUCUGCCUGGCCCAUUCCUCUGGUUCUAACGAUGAGUAUCUCUGUUACCAACCAGUCCCUGGGUACGAACACUGUAGGCUUCCUUUGAAAGGAAUCUCAUCGUUUAGAAUUCAGUCGCAAAGUCACGAGGCCUUUCUGUGGGAUCCAAUCCCCCUGUACAAACUCUACCAGUCAAAGAGGCCCGUGUCCAUGAUGACACCCAGCAGUCCCUUCUAUCUUGGAGUAGCGUCCCUACAAGAAGCCGAUCAAACGUGGUACAAGCCUGUUGCAAUGGGCGUUAACAAGCUCAAUGACCUCGUUCGCAUGAUCAGAGAUAUCACCGGAACACUGCCAAGACCGCACAUACCAUCAGUGCUGAAAAACGCUGUGAAUGAUAUUAAGUUCGUACCAAGGUAUUCGGACAUGUUCCUAUUGCAGAAAAAUGAAUCCCAGAACGCUGAUGUACAAAACGACGACAAACAAGUUGUCAAUUACCUAAAAACUCGAGAAUGUGAUGGAUACUCUGACAAUGGAAGCAGUGCAGAAACAGCAAGCAACUCUGACGAAAACCUUUCAAUUAGUGACUCCACACUACGGGACAACAAAUUACCAAGCUUGUUCUAUAAUGGUGGUUCUGAACCGGCGAAAGCCAACACCACGCUUGAGGGCGUAAAACUAAGGGUCUUGGAUUGCCUAAAGUUACCCGAUAAAGAAACUCAGAAGCAGCUGUCUCUAUGGCUCAAGAGCUUACGUUACGAUGAAGACCUCGCUGAAUGGAUCGUGAAGGCACCACGCACUAUGGCCUUCGAACUAACAUGUGAGCUUGAUGGAGAUUUUGAAGACGAGCAAACCAUCGUGCCAGCGAAUGUUAAGAUAAGAAGAUAUUGUGUUACGAAAGACACGAGAAACGCAGCUGCAAAAGUGGUUGCAGAAACGCCUGCCAUUGUGAACACGUCGGCAUCUCGAGGUUCGUCGCAUAUAAUCGAAGACAAACACGAUCACCAGAAUGGCCAACAGACGCAACACGCUCAGCAUAAUCUCAAAAGGUCAUUUUCAUACAACGGGAUACCUGAAACGUCGAACCAUUGCAAGGUCGCUCGGCUUCCAGAUGGAAACGAAGAAAUUGGGGCUCCAAAUUUAAAUACAUGUACUAGUGCUUUAAAAAUUUCAAAAUCUGAUACGUCGGAACAAACUGUGAACGAACGAAGUUUCCCAUUUGAAAACAAAGCAAUCAAUCCAAAUGUGCCCUUCGCUUCUUGGGGGUACGACCCCAGACUUACGAUGUUCCUGAAUCGUGAUAUGCUGCAAACCUACCAAAAUUUCAUUGCUAUGUACAGUUCAAAUAAAAAUAAAGGUUAAUGGCA